UGAAAUGUGCACCUGUUCACGUUGAUCUAAUUUUCGAAAGAAUUUGCAUCAUUAUCUGAUCUCCCCUCUAUCAAUUUUUUAAUAUUAAAGAAAAGGUGACCUAUUUGAUGAUCUCAUGUUAUCACAUAUCACCCAAUAGUUGAUAAAAAUCGCCAGCAUUCCAAGUACCUAAUUCAAGAUGUCCAAGUGAAUUUUGACGAAAAAAUGCGUAAUAAGGUGAUAUUAUUGUGGGCCUUUUUUCAAAUUCCAUGGCUAGGUACAGGAGAAUGGGUCUUCGAUAUAGGAAUAGAAAUGUUGAAACAUCUUGUAGUCCCCGAUGUCAUACCCGUACCACCUCAUGAAAUGUGUUUGGUCUACUAUCCAAAAAAUAAUAUCACUCCAGACGUUUACAUAUUCAAUAAAGACUUAACCCAAGAUCCACCAAUUGUCCAAUGGGAUGCAGAUCCGAAAUCGUAUUACACGCUCAUUUUAACAAAUCCAGAUGUUCCUAAUAGAACUUACGCUGUUUUAAAAGAGUACCAUUUGUGGUUAGUGGGCAAUAUACCUGGGAACAAGAUUGAAUGGGGUGAAGUUUUGACUGAAUACAAAAACACAGAUUGGGCUCAAGAUAGAAGUUUCCGUCGAAAUAUUUUCCUAAUUUAUAAACAACAAGGAAAAAUAUCGUUUAAACACUGGAUAAAGCGUACAGUAAAGGUCGGAUUGAGGAGUGGUUUCAAUACGUACGACUUCGCCCGUCAAUAUAAAUUAGGAGACCCGCUAUUUGGCAAUUUCUAUUUUCACAGGUGGUGAAAAUUAUACGUACUGUGAUGACAGUUGUGAAUAUGUAUUUAUGAAAAUAAACCUUACAAAUUCGA